UUGUUUACGUGCAAGCAUUUAGCUAUACCUAACAGAUAAAGCCUCGUUCAAGUGUAAGAUAUCGUUGGAAAGCUUGUAAGAUGUAGAAUUUGACCAAACUUUAUUUAACUGCCAAGACCCACAACAAGACAACAACAUGGCUGUGAAUGGGAGCAAAUGAAAUGUUAGCGCAUGACGCAGUUUCACCAUUAUGGAUUACUACGCUGAGUUUUGGUCGAAGAACAGUGUGGAUAGACUGAAAAUGACCACAAAAAGUGGGCGGGCCUUCAGCGGGAGCACGUGCAAAGGGGAAAGUUUACAUUCCUGAAGGGAUCCGGAGCUGCAGAGACUCUGCAGAGAAACACUUCCUGUCAGAUCGGGCGAGAUGGCGGAGAAGAAGGCAGUCUUGUUCAACUUCUGGGGUGUUGUGGUCCCCUCCAGACCUGAUACAGUUCUACACAAAGUGGAGGAGCUGCACAACCUUCCCAGAGGUUUUCUGUCUGCUGUGGUGUCCCAGAAGGACGGUGCCAUGAGGCAGGCAGAGAAGGGAAGCGUGCCUCUUACUCGGAUGCUGCAAGUGUUUGAGUCUGAGUGUGUGAAGGAAGCCCAGACCAGAGGAGUCAGUCUGCCGUCUGAUUGGUCUGUCAGCCUGCUGGAGGAGUUCAGAAAGGCGAUGAUGGACGUCCAAGACGUGGUGCUGAAGACAGCGUCCCGUCUGAGCUGUAGCGGAGUUCUGACGGCCGUCCUGGCCAAUCACUGGCUGGAUGACAGCUCCUCAGGAGACGGUCCAGCCCGUCUUCUCUGUCUGCUGGGCGGACAUUUUGACCUGCUCCUCCAGUCCUGCCACUCAGGACACAGGGUCCCUGAACCUGCCAUGUUCAGCGCCGCUCUGAAGCAGCUGGGAGUGACAUCCAACCAGGCUGUGUGGGUGGAUGUGGAUGAGGAGGGUGUGAAGGCAGCCGAGGGAUCAGGGAUGAAGACCAUCCUGGUGAAAAACCUGGAUGUGGCUCUGCAGAAACUGUCUGACUUCACCGGAGUCCAGGGUGUUGGAGUGGAGAGUCCAGCGGUGUCCUGCAGCCCGGAGCAGGUGUCUCAUGGAUACGUGACCAUCAGGCCCGACGUGAGGACCCACUACGUGGAGAUGGGUUGUGGUCCAGCAGUGCUGCUGUGCCACGGCUUUCCAGAGAGCUGGUACUCCUGGCGGUACCAGAUCCCGGCCUUGGCUGCAGCGGGGUUCAGGGUUUUGGCUCUGGACAUGAAGGGGUACGGAGAGUCCACGGCGCCCCCUGACAUAGAGGAGUACUCUCUGCAGCAGCUCUGCAAGGAUUUAAUAACGUUCCUGGACAAAAUGGCGAUCCCUCAGGUCACCCUGGUGGGUCAUGACUGGGGCGGCGCUCUGGUGUGGACCAUGGCCCAGUAUCAUCCUGAAAGAGUCAGGGCUGUGGCGUCCCUGAACACACCACUGUUCCCGGCCGACCCCUCAGCUCCUCCGGCUGAGAAACUGAAGAACAUUCCCAUCUUUGACUACCAGCUCUACUUCCAGAAACCAGGUGUAGCAGAGGCCGAGCUGGAGAAGGACUUAGAGAGGACCUUCAAGAUUUUCUUUUCCAGCGCCAGUGAAAUGGCGACUCGUCCUGCCCUCAGCACUGCAGGAGUCUGUGCUCGAGGCGGCCUGUUUGUGGGUCUUCCAGAGGAGACUCUCCGGAGCUCCAUGCUGACGGAGGCUGACCUGCAGUACUACGUCAGCCAGUUCAAAAAGAGCGGCUUCAGGAGGCCUUUGAACUGGUAUCGGAACCAAACUGAAAACUGGAAGUGGAUGUUCUCCCAGCCCUUGGGAAAGGUGCUGAUGCCGGCGCUGAUGGUGACUGCCGGUAAAGACCCGGUCCUGCUGCCGUCCUUCUCCAGCGGAAUGGAGAACCUGGUCCCAAAUCUGAGCCGAGGACACAUCGAGGACUGCGGACACUGGACACAGAUGGACAAGCCGGUGGAGACCAACAACAUCCUGAUAUCAUGGCUUAAAGAGGUGCACAGGAAGACCGGAAAGGUCACUGUGGCACCUAAACUGUGAGGAAGAGGAUGGAGAGGGAAGGUGGGGGAAAAGGAGGAAGACUCUGAAGGAACGGGGUGGAGAGGAGAUGAGAGGAGGAAUUAAAGAAGGAUGAAAAGUAAAGACAGAAGAAGAAAAGUGAAAUAAAUGGAAUCAAACUAAUCAGAAUUAAGAAUAAAAGAAUAAAUUUCUGGUUUAUUCAUCAUGGUGGUAGAAACAGAAAGACUUUUCUGUUUAUCAGUUUAUUUUUACACCCUAAUAAACUCUUUAACCAUC